UGGGAACUGCGGUGUUCCUCCUCGGCCCCCGUAGCUGAGUGACAACACAUCACAGCACUUUGGUCUGAAUCCUGUGGCUAAUCUGUUAGCCUGGUUGUUAAGUUGCUAACCCUCCUGGAGGUGGAUGCAGACUGGCAUAUAGGAUUAGAGCUGAAUACCGGUAGCGGAAGAUGAGGCUGAAGGAGAUUCAGAGGACCGCCCAGCAGGCGUGGAGUCCAGCCGGACACCAUCCCAUCUACCUGGCCUUAGGAACCUCAGCCCAGCAGCUGGAUGCCUCGUUCAACACCACAGCAGCUCUAGAAAUAUUUGAAAUGGAUUUUGCUGAUCCAUCUCUGGAUAUGCACCUUAAAGGCUCACUACCUAUUACAAACAGGUUGCACAGUGUAGUCUGGGUGAGUUUUGGAAUGGGCGAUGACGGUUCAGGUGGAAGGCUGGUUGCUGGUAGUGAGAAUGGUGUGCUAACUGUCUACAAUCCUGAGGCCAUAUUAAGCUCAGCAGCUGAUGCUGUAGUGGGACAUUCUGACAAACACACAGGGCCUGUUCGUGCACUGGACUUCAAUCCUUUUCAGAGUAAUCUCCUUGCAUCAGGUGCAAAUGAUUCAGAGAUUUACAUCUGGGAUCUGAACAACUUUAGCAGCCCUAUGACUCCUGGGGCCAAAACCCAGCCUGCUGAAGAUGUCAGUGUGGUCUCAUGGAAUCGGCAGGUCCAACACAUCAUGGCCUCGGCUACUCCCAGUGGAAAAGCGGUUGUGUGGGAUCUCAGAAAGAACGAGCCUAUUAUCAAGAUCAGCGACCACAGUAACAGGAUGCACUGUUCAGGAAUGCUGUGGCAUCCUGAGGUGGCCACCCAGCUGGUUUUGGCCUCCGAGGACGACCGCCUGCCCGUCAUCCAGAUGUGGGAUCUUCGCUUUGCCACCUCACCUCUGAAAGUCCUAGAGAAUCACACAAGGGGGAUUCUGUCAAUAUCAUGGAGCCAGGCUGAUCCUGAGCUCCUGCUUAGUAGCGCCAAAGACAACCGGAUCCUCUGCUGGAAUCCAAACACUGGAGAAGUUAUUUACGAGCUUCCCACGACGAAUCAGUGGUGUUUCGACAUCCAGUGGUGUCCAAGAAACCCUGCUCUGCUUUCUGCUGCCUCUUUUGAUGGCAGAAUCAGUGUCUACUCUGUGAUGGGAGGAAGCUUAAAGGCUCAGCAGCAGAGCACCGUGGAUAAGAUUUCCUCCUCGUUUGACACGAUGGAUCCCUUUGGAACAGGACAAGUGCUUCCACCCCUGCAGGUUCCUCAACCAACAGUACAGGAAACAGUCAUUCCUCCUCUGAAGAAACCUCCAAAGUGGGUGCGCAGACCAGUGGGAGCUUCAUUUGCUUUUGGUGGGAAGCUGAUAACCUUUGAGAAUACCAAACAGCAACCUGUGCAGAGCCCCCAGCCCGUCCCCAGACAAGUGUUUGUGAGCCAGGUUUCCACAGAGACAGAAUUCCUCCAGCGCUCAAAGGAGCUUCAGGUAGCACUGCAGUCAGGUUCAUUUAAUGACUACUGCCAGGGCAAGAUUCAGACAGCCAAGUCUGACGCCGAACAGGACAUCUGGAAGUUCUUGCUGGUGAAUUUUGAGGAUGAAGCACGGAUUAAAUUCCUGAAGCUUUUGGGUUUCAGUAAAGAUGAAUUGGAGAGAAAGAUUUCAAAAUGUUUGGGGAAAAACUGCCAGUCCAAUGGGCAUGCUGUCGAUGCUGAAGACUUGGCCAAAAAGAUGUUGCAGCUCUCAGCUGAGAGGUCUGAAGAAUCAUCUGCUGUUGCCGACGUCAGAACAUCUGGAUCAGUUUCGCCAGCAGAUUUCUUCAAUCAGACCUCAAAAGAAAACUUCCAGAUCCCUGUGUCCUGCGACACAGACGGGCUGAUAAGUCAGGCCUUGCUAGUGGGAAACUUUGAAGGGGCAGUAGAGUUGUGCUUGAACGACGGGCGAUAUGCUGAGGCCAUCCUGUUGUCCAUCAGUGGAGGAGAAGAUCUGCUGAAGAAGACUCAGCAGAAAUACCUCAGCAAACACAAGAACAGUAUCUCCAUGCUGAUCUCCUCAGUGGUGACCCAGAAUUGGAGGGACAUUGUACAAAGCUGUGAGCUGGACAACUGGAAAGAAGCUCUGGCUGCUUUGCUGACCUACGCUCACCCUGAAGACUUUGCCCGUCUGUGUGAUACUCUGGGAGGGCGGCUGGAGUGUGAAGGGACGGAGAAACGCUGCCUACAGGCCUGUCUUUGCUACAUCUGCUCCGGGAACAUUGAGAAGCUGGUGGAGUGUUGGGCUCAGCACAGAGACACCUCUUCACCACUGGGACUGGAGGAUCUGGUAGAAAAAGUAAUGAUGCUGCGUAAGUCUAUCGAACGGCUCCGCAACAGCGAGGUGGCAGUGCAGAGCCCCAUCUUGGCAGAGAAGCUAACCUGCUAUGCUGGCAUCCUGGCAGCAGAGGGCAGUCUAGCAACUGCAAUGACCUAUCUGCCAGAGAACUCAGACCAGCCUGCAAUCAUGAUGCUGAGGAACCGACUGUUCCACGCUCAGGGAGAAGGCCAACAGAACUCUUCGAACAGAACCAGCGGCCCUGCAGCUAAACCCGCUCCCUCUGCCCAACCUCCUGCCCCGAAAGCCCAAAUAAUGAGUCAGUACCAGCCUUCUGCCCCUCCGGCUCCACAGCAGCCUCCUCUCCCUACCCUUUUCAACCCACAGGCUGUCCCACCUAGCAGCAUACCUGGUCUGCCGCCUCAGCCUCAUAUACCGCAGCCCAGUGCAGCCCGCCCUGUCAUGAGGCCACCGUACCCCCAACAACCCAGUCCUGCUGCAGGUUUCCUCCCUCAUCAGCCAUUCCAGCCUCAGCCCCUGGGUGGACCCUCUAGCUUCCCCCCCUCUGGUCCAUCAAUGCCGGCUGCGAACCUGUCUGGACCUCCUCUACCACCUCCUUCAUCGACGCCAGGCGGUCUGCCCCCCAUGCCUAGUCCAGGGGUCCCACCUAUAGGCUUCUUGCCAUCUACCUCUCUACCAUCCGGCCCUAUGCCGCCCACCUCUCACCCUGGACCUCCAGUUCCUAUGUAUCCAGGGACUCUUCAAAACCAGGCGGCAGCUCCACCAAUGACAUCUGGACCUUACGUCCCUGUCACGGCAGGGUACCCACAGGGAGGUCCUGGUGCUCCUGCAGUGAAGCCCUUCAAUGCUUCUGCUGUAGCUCCUCCUCCAUCAGGACAUUUUCCUUGGCUGAAUUCUCAAAGUGAUCUUCAAGGGCCCCAGGAGGGCUGGAACGACCCUCCUGCUGUACGAGGGGGACCCAGAAAGAAAAAGGUUCCAGAUAACUACACUCCUCCUGCUCCCAUCACGGCCCCCGUAAUGGGUUUCCAAGCAGAGGCCCCUCAGCCGAAUGAUCACGGCCAAGUCCCUCCAGGUGCACCCCAGGAGCCCAGUGUUCAGCUUCUUCAGCAGCUUCCUGCCGAGCGAGUGGAGCAGAAGGAGAUCCCAGCUGAGCACAUGGUUCUGAAGUCCACCUUCGACAGUCUGGUUCAGCGCUGUCAGCUUGCCGCAGGAGACCCACAAACCAAACGAAAGCUUGAUGAUGCCAGCAAGCGCCUGGGAUGUCUGUAUGACAAACUGAGGGAGCAGUCGCUCUCCCACAACAUAUUGAGUGGCCUCCACGAGAUCAGCCGCUGUGUGGCAAGUCAGAACUACCAGCGGGGCCUUGAGGUCCACACCCAGGUGGUGAGCAGCAGCAACUUCAGCGAGAUCUCCGCCUUCAUGCCCAUCCUCAAAGUUGUCAUGACCAUCGCCAACAAGCUGGGCGUUUGAGAGCAGCUCGGAGACUCCAGUGUUAUCACUCAUGUUAUAUAAAUGUAUUUAUUUUUCCUGUUUUGGACUUUGACAGUGAGAUCAUUUCUGCUCUUGCUCUGGUUCAUCUCCCUCCCUCCCUCCAUGCAGACGUUGUUUUGUAGAUUCUUCAACAUAAUCGUCUUACAGACAGAUGAAAUGAAUGUAUUCUGACCAUUGGGGGUUUUGUCAUUUCAAAACUUGGAUGUUUGAUUCUUGGUCAGGUAGUCACAUUCUUUGUUUCAAUCACAAUGCGAGGCUUAGAAUAUGGGUCGAGUCACUGGGUGGGUUUGAAACUUCUCUGUAGGAUGUUAAGAGUUUGAGUCUGGUGUUUUUAUUUGGCAAGAACGAUGUAAGUGCAGUCUUACAAUGUGAAGUGAUGGUUGUGUUUUGUGGGUCAUGGUGCCAUGAGAAGUACACACUUCUGAAGAAGAAUGUCAAACUGGUAUUUUCUGGCUUCACCCUCGUUUGUUUUACACUAACAGGAAAAUGCAAAUCAUGAAAUACUUUGCUGAACCAUUUGAUUCUUCUUUCUGUUUCAUUUUUGUUAUGCCAUGUUUUUGUUAUCUCUAUUUGAAGAUGGAAUAAGCAACUUAAACAAGCUGGUAAAUAAAACACUUUUUUUCGUUUUAGAAGUGUUUUUUAUUUUUGGGCAGCAGGUGGCAGUAACGUGCUUUCAAUGUGUUUUUUUUUUUCUCUCUUUUGGGAGUGAUCAGUCGUUGCUCAAGUCUUUGACCCGUUCUGAAUGAUGACCCGUUCAGAACGGGUCUGAAAACGAAUGAAUAAAAUGAAGUCUGUGGGAGAAUCAGAAACGGCAACACGUUGCAACAAACCUCUUUGUAUUCCUGUUGCAUCAUACGUGGAGGCAAGCCUUCAAUGUGAUCUGGCAUCAUGUCCCCUGGCUUUGAUGUAUGUCUUUCAUGUUGCUAACAAAGGAAGAGAUUCCUAAUUCACCACAGACCAGUACAGGACCCCGAAGAAAACAAUAGGUCAGAUAUGAGAAGCUGCCUGUGUCUCACUGAAAUGAAGCAUGGUGGGUUUAGUCAUCCAGAGACUUGGAGUAGAACCACUGUUCCGAUGCAUAAAACAAGGUUUGAAGGGACGGUCACAACUCUCCCAGGUGUGACUGACCAUGUCUUCUGCUUAUCCACGGUUGGGUCCAUGGGACAGCCGGACGAACUCGGGUUUUGUUGACACAUUCCAAGGUCCUUCCAGCUCGGAUGAGCGGCUCCACUCUUGACUCCAUGGGGGCUUUGGACAAGAGGCGAGGGUCACCCUGAGCAGGUUGGCAGCCUAUCACAGAGCGCACAGAGCUGGAAGCAAAUGAGCAACCCUCUUGCUGUGAGGUGCUCACCACAACCCCACUGUGCAGCCAAGAGCCUCCCCUCUCACCUGUCUUUGUCCAUACAAUGCUACCAAGUUUUAGUUCCAGCUUGCUACCAAGGCAUAUUGUUUUUCUCACUCCACAGUGUGUUUGGCUACUGGCUGACUGAAUGGAUAUAAAACUAUUGAGAGCUACCAUGAGCCCAAAAAUCCAUCAUCCACACACGUUAAAAAGCAGUGGUUCAGGGUGGUGUCAGCAGCCGGGACAUCACAAACAUCAGUGAACAGAAGAAAUACAGGGGCACAAGGCUUCAUGGAAUUUCGAGUGUAUUGAAAAUAGUGUGACUUUUAUUAGAGAUUAUUUGAGCUGUUAACAAUUGACAUAAUCAGACCGAUGACAUUCUGCUCCUGGUCCAGUUGGGGACACGGUGAAUUUUGGCUUUUUUUUUUUCUUUUGACAUUCCUCAUGACAGCACCGUUGUUUGAAAGUUGGCACCUGUUAAGGGCUCAUAUUCUGAGCCGUCAUGCUACCUGCAAAUGCAUAAAUACUCGGGUGUUUUCGGAUUCCUAAACAUGAAUUUUUCCACCAGAUUUGUUAUGUGAGAAUCAAACCUUUUUUUGUGUCUGAACUGACAUAAAGUGAGGAUCCGGAAUGGAUUCAAGUCAUAAGGCAUUAGGUAGGUAGUGUCCUGACUUUUUGUCUUCGGGAUAAAAUGAUUCGCCAAGAUUGUAGAAAACUGGUUCUGGUUAGAGCUCCUCUGUCUUUUGAGUUCCACAAUAAUAGAUAAAUACAUAAAUAAUUUAAGCAUUCCACACACCAAAAUGAAAACAAAAA